AUGCUAACGACGGCCGAUGGACCCCUAUGGGCAACGGCAACUCCAGGAACGGACGUGGCGACUUUGCCGAUGGAGCUGGCAAGUGGGGUGAUGCCAAACGGCGACGAGAUGCAUCAAACCGGGUCAACACGCAGAGGUGGUGGUCGCUUGAACACGCGACAAGGACCGUACGACCGUCGAAAGCAGCGACGAUAUGCCAACGACGGCCGAUGGACCCCUAUGGCCAGCAGCAACCCCAUGAGCUGGCGUGGCGACUUUGCCGACGGAGCUCGCAAGUGGACCGAGAUGCAUCAAACCCGGCCUAUGUGUAGAGGCGGUGGCGGAUUCGACACCAGACAAGGACCUUACGAUCGUCGACAACAGCCCCAACAUGUCAAUGACGCGAGACUUACACCAAUCCUCAAUGGCAAGCCAAUUGAAUCGGCAAAGCGUGUUCGCAGUUUGAAUUAUUCCCGGGGAGACUGGUGGUGCGCAGAAGGUGGUGGUGGAAGAUGGGAUGACGGGUCAUCUUGUCCUCGGAGGAGCCGUGAUCCAGCAUGUCCUUCAAGGAGGUGCGACGUUCUUCUAGGAGGCUCUGAACUUCGGCAAGAGAUGGCUGGACUGGCAAUGCUUCACGCUGGGCUGGUGAAUCACUCUGCGAUGGAGACCCAGGUUCAACCAGAAGUUUCGGCUCUUGUCCAGAUCGAGGCAGCGAUCUUGAGCCGUUACACAGCCAAAGCAAUCGUUCGGCUGCUAGGCGUUCAAUGGCUUUCCGGCAUCGCUGUAGCGGAGUAUGACUCCAAGAACACAUGGGAUUGGGAUCCGAAGAAACGCCUGCAAGCUGACUCCUCAUCUGAGAGCUCUGACGAUGGCGGACACUACGAUUCAGACUAUGAUGAACGCCCGCAAGUGUUCAGAAGUGUUUUCAGCACUGUGGCGGAGGAUAGGUUUCAGCCUGUGGUCAACAAACGCUCCCAAUCCAAUGCACGUCCUCAUGGCUGGCCGCCAGCUCAUCUCAAAGCCUACCCUCACGGCAUGCAGAAGCUUCGUGACGAACAUAAGAUGAAAAAAAUUCAAGAGGAGGUGAUGAAAGCCAUGGAAGAUGAUCGUACCCUUACAUUACAACAAAUAAUUAUUGACUCUCAGGUCAGCGUCGAGCACUUUCACGGGUCAGUCCCAACUACAAGAGAGAUAAUUCAGUCAGGGCCGCCUUCGGGCAACUCGGGGUCACUAACACUCCUUUGUUCCCAUAGUCCUUCACGUUCCUCGAUCAUAACUGACCGUACCAGCCUGGCAUGA